GUUCGAGUUGUUACUAUGGAUGCAGAGCUGGAGUUUGCCAUCCAGCCAAACACUACAGGCAAACAGCUGUUUGACCAGGUGGUUAAAACCAUAGGUUUGCGAGAAGUGUGGUACUUUGGUCUUCAGUAUGUGGACAACAAAGGAUUCCAGACUUGGCUGAAGCUUGAUAAAAAGGUUUCUGCUCAAGAAAUCAGAAAGGAGAAUCCCCUCCAGUUCAAAUUCCGUGCCAGGUUCUUCCCAGAGGAUGUGUCUGAUGAGCUGAUCCAGGACAUCACGCAGAAGCUCUUCUUCCUGCAGGUGAAGGAGGGGAUCCUCAGUGAUGAGAUCUACUGUCCUCCUGAAACAGCAGUACUUCUUGGCUCCUAUGCUGUACAGGCCAAAUUUGGAGAUUACAACAAAGAUGUGCACAAGCCUGGAUACCUCAAUUCAGAGCGCCUGAUCCCCCAAAGGGUAAUGGACCAGCAUAAACUCUCCAGAGAGCAGUGGGAAGAACGGAUCCAGGUGUGGCAUGCUGAACACAGUGGCAUGCUCAAAGAGACUGCCAUGCUGGAAUACCUGAAGAUUGCUCAAGACCUGGAGAUGUAUGGAAUCAACUACUUUGAAAUCAAGAAUAAGAAAGGAACUGAUCUUUGGCUGGGGGUUGAUGCCUUGGGGCUCAACAUCUAUGAGAAGGAUGAUAAACUGACUCCAAAGAUUGGGUUCCCCUGGAGCGAAAUCAGAAACAUCUCUUUCAAUGACAAGAAGUUUGUUAUAAAGCCUAUUGACAAGAAGGCACCAGACUUUGUGUUUUACGCCCCUCGUCUGAGAAUUAACAAGAGGAUCCUGCAGCUCUGCAUGGGCAACCAUGAACUGUAUAUGCGGCGCAGGAAGCCCGACACGAUUGAGGUGCAACAGAUGAAAGCCCAGGCCCGGGAAGAGAAGCACCAGAAAGAGCUGGAAAGGCAACAACUAGAAAAUGAAAAGAAGAAGAGGGAGACAAUUGAGAGGGAGAAAGAGCAAAUGUUGAGGGAGAAGGAGGAGCUGCUGGUGAGGCUACAAGAGUAUGAGGUGAAGACUCAGAAAGCAGAGAAAGAGCUCUCAGAUCAGAUCCAAAGAGCCCUUCAGCUGGACGAGGAAAGGAGACGAGCCCAGGAGGAAGCAGAACGCUUGGAAGCUGAUCGUUUGGCUGCUCUACAGGCCAAGGAAGAGCUGGAGAGACAAACUAUGGACCACAUAAAGAGCCAGGAACAGCUGGCUGCAGAGCUUGCAGAGUAUACAGCCAAGAUUGCCCUUCUUGAAGAGGCAAGGAAGCGUAAAGAGAGCGAGGUUGAAGAGUGGCAAAUCAGAGCCAAGGAAGCCCAGGAGGAUCUGGUAAAGACAAAGGAGGAGCUACACCUGGUAAUGACUGCUCCACCCCCACCCCCUCCACCUGUCUACGAGCCAGUGAACUACCAUGUCCAGGAUAACUUGCAAGAUGAAGGAUCCGAGUACUCCGCCUACAGCGCAGAGUUCUCCAGCGAGGGGAUCAGGAAUGAUCGCAACGAGGAGAAACGCAUUACUGAGGCAGAGAAGAAUGAACGUGUACAGAGGCAACUGAGGGCACUGACUGAUGAGCUGGCCCAGGCUAGAGAUGAAAACAAGAGGACCCACAAUGAUAUUAUCCACUCGGAGAACAUGCGACAGGGCCGUGACAAGUACAAGACGCUGCGGCAGAUCCGGCAAGGCAACACUAAGCAGAGAAUCGAUGAGUUUGAGGCGAUGUAACGAUGCUUAUAGCAAGAAGGCAGAACUGUGGGAAAGGCAGAUCUUAAUG